AUGGGAAAAGGGCAAUUUGGUAACAACAGUUUGGAAGUUUCAACCAAGCAAUUUAACACAAACAAUAUGGAAGCUUCAGAUGAUAAUCUUAACUCAAAAAAUACAAUCACAGGUUCUAACGAUGAUAACCGUUACACAACGAGCUCCUCAGACUGCUCUAGUCCAACUCUCCGAACUCCCACAUCAGGCUCCAGUUCUCCGAUAAAUCCGCAAUUGGAACAGCUUGCAAGCACCAAUUUAUUGACAGUUAGAGUUACAUUCAAAGUUGAUAGGAGGAAAGUACACGAAUCACGACAGCUUGUUCUAAGCGGUCUGGAAACUUUGAUCCACCAUUACAAAGGUUAUAUCGUUAGCGAGGAAAAUGUCGAACCCUAUGAGUAUCUGCCGGACAAAGAGAGACUACAAAUUUUACAAGAUAAUAAGGAUAUCUAUAUUUAUGAAAACGGUACUACGGAGUUUGCAAAGUCGUAUUCAGAUAUCAACUUGUUGUCAGACCGAAAUCACGACCUAGUAAUACAGGUCCAAUUUAAGCGCUCCAAUAUAUUAAUGACGGUAGCAAGCGAGGCACAGGGGUAUCUUGACAAUCAAGAAGCCCUUACUGAGAAUUGGUCGAUUAGCACUUGUGAACACGCCUUGACCCAACCAGGAAAUCUAUAUAUAAGAGGCAUUCCCAGAGAUCUAAAUAUAGAUCACUUAUUUCCAAUUUUUUCAAAGUACGGUCCAAUUUCUUCUCUUAAGAUUAUAUGCGAUGAUUUUACUGGCGAUUCCUUGGGCUACGGAUUUCUGUCAUAUCCCUUAGGAUCCCAAGCUUCUCUUUGUAUACAUGAAUUGAAUGGCAAAACAUUCCAGGACUCUAUGCUUUUUGUAAAUUAUCAUAUCGAGAGAAAAGAGAGAGAGAGAAUCUACAGAGAUACAAUCAAGGAAAAUAAUCACGACGAAAAGUUCAAAAGUAUUUUUAUUGGUAAUAUACCACUGCAUAAUGAGAAUAAAAAGCUCAUAACACCGGAUGAUAUACUAGACCUACUGAAGAGUAAGUUAGCGCAAGAGUUUUCUGAUUUGAAGAUACUUUCAUACUACUUCCCGAAAAAAAAUGAGAAUGAAAUAGGUAGCAAUCUCAGAGAAAAAGAAAAUGCCUUUGAAUCGGAAAAUUCGAAUAGUGAUGAUUCGAAGGCCAACACUUCUAAUAAUGAGCCUUUGUCUGAAAAAAACAAGUAUAAAAGCUAUGGUUUCAUAAAAUUUACCACUUAUGAACAAGCAUUGAAGGCCAUCGAACUAUUCAACAACUACAAGUGGAACGGCUCUAAUCUAAUAGUAAAUAAAGCUGAAAAAAAUAAAUUUCAGAAUUUCCAUCAACGAUUGUACAACGAAAAAUUACUCUCGGCAGGCGCGGGUGCUUCCAGAGGGCGCUUUAACGUUUUUUCUUACGGGAACUCUCCAAGUGGAAAUCCUUUCGGUUACUAUAACAACUCUGGAAAUAUGUUUUUUCCUUAUGGCCAAGGGUCUUCUCAAGACGUUCACCCUAAAAGUCAGAGACAAGACGUCGACCCUUUUUACGGGAUGAGCCAACGCAUGAGCCCAAAUGCGUAUUUAAACCCAUUUCAAAUCUAUGCUACUGUUCCUUCUACCAGCAACAAUGCUGCUCGCUUGACAAAUUCCAUGUACCCUAUGAAUCCAUACACCACGAUGGCUCCCAGUACACAACUUGCAUUGCCUAUACCAGCCAAGGAUCAACAAGAGUCAAAUUUGUAUGUGAAACACUUGCCCUUAACAUGGAAGGAUGAAGAUUUGUAUAAAUUCUAUGGCGAAUAUGGAGAAAUUAUUAGUGCAAAAAUUAUUACAGUAGGAGGAAGUAAAAACAAAGAAAGUACCGACAAUCUGGAUUAUAUAGAGAACAAGCAAGGCAAAGGAAAUAGUAGCGACUCUCCGACGUCCUCUGAUGAAGAUAGUCCAAGGGAGAUUGCACUGGGUGCUUCAAGGGGUUAUGGGUUUGUCUGUUUCAAGAAUCCUCUGGACGCAUCUCGAGCUAUACUUGAUACAGAUGGAUUUCAACUUACUCCCAGUCAUAUGUUGAAUGCUUCUUUUGCUCAAAAACGUGCGAAAUCAUUUGCAAACCAAGGUGGACAACAGGGUAAAUCUUCCUCCGUGUCAUCCCCUGAUUCUGUUACCGGUUCUCAACCUACUACCAAAAGACCUGGAAGAAGCGUGUCACAUCCGGAGCAUACACCAGAAAAUUUCAACCCCAAAUAUAUGAACAAUACAAGGCAUCAAGGAAGUGGAAAUGCUGCUAGUAGACUAUAUUCAAAUUAUUUACAUGAUAUUGGGAAUUGGACUCCAGUGUCCCUUAUGCCCAAUGUGAGGCCUGGAAUGGCAGGAAUGACGUUUAUAACACCUAAUACGAACGCUAUGAAGGGAUCAUACGUUAUGCAACCCGGGCAAACGAUGAGUAGCAGUAAUGAUGAUCAACGGGGUGAUUUUUUUUCAUAA